UUUGUAAUGUUUUUUUAAACGUUUUGUCAGUUUUGACAUUUUCGAGGUUAGGAUUUUGUUUACAAAGUGUUGAAAUUGAAUUAAUUCAAUUGCUAGAAUUUAAAGUUUACAAUGAAUAUGUAGCUAUAUCUCAAAUGCCACGAAUUGAAUGGCUUGAAAAUUUUAAUCUCGUAAUGUAAAAAUGUUGUAUGCAUUUCAAACACCGAUUUUUAUACAACCAUUAUACCUAUAAUGUCGUUUUUGAGAAGGUUUUAUCAGAUUUUUAGAUAUUUAUUUUCAUGUUUACCUUUUCAAACAAAAUCCUUUAACCUUGUUUGUUUCUAUGUUGGUGUAGUCUGUCUUGCAUUACAGUUCUUUAUAUUUAUGAUUUUGCUAUAUACAUUAGAUGGAGGUGCUAUUUCUUCUAGUACAAUAUUGAGCAGAAAAUGCUCUGUCAAUAUUCAAGAAGAUUUCAAAACUCUUUCAUCCUUCAGUUUUGACCUAGGGUUUAAUUUAAUUCUGCUAGAUAAAGAAAUUAUAAAAGAAGAAUCCAACCAAAACGCAAGCAAGAAACUUAUUUACUGUACAUUAUGCAAACCCAUCCUUAUGGCUGUUGAUAGCACUGCUUUAAUAGAUGUAAGGAAACAGCUACUGAGUAAGCUGGUAGAUCACGGGUUUGUUCCUGUUACAUUUUACAACAGUCAUCCUCUACAAAGAAUUCCUGAACUAAACCACAUUGAGACUGUUAUUUUUGUUCAGAGAACAGCCACCUUCCAAAUUGUAAUAUUUCAUCCAAGAGAGGACAAUACAUGGUGGUUUGGAGACAUCCACAGUGAUACAAGUUAUGAAGUGAAACUUGCUUCCCUUAAUCUGACUUUACAAGAGAUUGAUCUGAUGAAGACUGAAGGUGCUGUCGAAAAGUUUGAAAUGAUACCAACAUCACUUAGUGAAGAAUCCACAUUGAUCCAACCAAAGGACGUAUCAACAGUUCUGUCGGACAUAAAUAAUUCAAAGUUUAUUGAGUGUAAUCUGACGAGGGCUACUCUGUUUCAUAAUAAAUUCGGAUCAGAUAAAAGUCCCGAAGCUGUCCGGUUCAGACACAAAGUCUGGAAAAUGUUAUCAAGAGUUAAAACAAUUUUGGAUUCUCUCGGAAUUGUGUUUUGGUUAAGCAGCGGUACAGCUCUGGGUUAUUUCCGGGAAUGUGACAUUAUAGCUCACAGUAAAGAUGUUGAUAUUGGCGUCUGGGCAUCUUCGUACUCUGAUCGUAUAAUAACUGAAAUGCAUGAUCACGGAUUCCAUCUCAAAAUUUCAUUAGGUUUCCCCAAUGACUCACUGGAGUUAUCUUUUAUCGACCAGUCAGGCAUUAAGUUAGAUAUUUUCUUCUUUUACAAAGAAGACAACAAUCACUAUUGGAAUGGUGGAACACAAGUCAAGAGUGGAAAGAAGUUCAAGUAUACUUUUCCGAAAUUCAACCUUUGCUGGACUAUAUUCAAGGAUUUACGAGUGCGGGUCCCCUGUGAGACGGAGGCAUACAUUAGAGCCAACUACGGUUCGAACUGGUUCACACCGGUUAAGACCUGGGAUUGGAAGACAAGCCCAGCCAAUGUCCUGCCCAACGGGGUGUGGAAACAGGAACAGUUGGCUGAUGCCAUUAAGUUGUUUGUGUAAUAACAAAGUUAAGUGCCAAACAUAAUGUAAUUGCAAAUGAGUUUUUUUUAUAAUAAUAUCAAAUUGUUUGCAUGAAGCCAUCGGUUUAGUGUUCGUAUGGCUUCAACCACUUAUACUUGUGAUACCAUCCAGUUGUUUUUGUCAUGCCAUACAAAUAUUUUUGUGAUCUGAUCUGAUUGUUUGUAUCAACUUAAUCAAGUUAUUUAAGUUAUAUAUCUCAUGUAUAUAUUCCAUAUAUUGUAUGUAUAUCUUAAAGAUAUAUAAUUUUUUACUCUAUGAUAUUAUAAAAUGUGCAUAGAUCGAAACUAAAUGCAAAUUUUGUGAUAUAUCUUAGGUACUGCUAUUAUUAUAUUAUUUUUACAGUAUUAUUAAUUUUAUUCAUUAGAAAUUACGUUUAAUUUUUAUCUUACUCAAGAAUACUCUCAAGCGUCUGUUAUUCUUUAACCCUCCAAG